AUGGCAGGGCUAACACGGCUGUGUACGUGGUUCUUCGUCGCUCUGCUGGGGUUCUCGCUAUCUUCCAGCGCCUCAACACCGGAGGAGACAACACAAUGGCCGCUACACAAUGACGGCCUGAACAAGGUUGUGCAAUGGGACCACUACAGCUUCCAGAUCAACGACCAGCGCAUCUUCGUCUUCUCGGGCGAGUUUCACUACUGGCGCAUUCCCGUCCCCAGUCUGUGGCGUGACAUCCUGGAAAAGAUCAAGGCUGCCGGAUUCACGGCGUUUGCGUUCUACGCGAAUUGGGCAUACCAUGCGCCCAACAAUCACACCCUCGACUUUUCAACCGGGGCACACGAUAUCAGAGCUCUCUUUGAGCUUGCCAAGGAUAUAGGUCUGUAUAUCAUCGUCCGCCCGGGUCCGUACAUCAAUGCCGAAGUCACUGCUGGCGGGUUUCCCUUGUGGUUAACCACGGGAGACUAUGGCUCGCUGCGGAAUAAUGAUACGCGGUAUACGAAGGCGUGGACUCCGUACUUCAGUGAAAUGUCGCAGAUCACUAGCAAAUAUCAAGUGACAGAUGGCGAGAACACCCUCUGCUACCAGAUUGAAAAUGAGUAUGGUGAUCAGUGGAUCGGGGAUCCCACUGCGCGCGAUCCGAAUGAAACGGCUAUCUCGUACAUGGAGUUGCUUGAGGCGAAUGCGCGCAAGAAUGGGAUUACCGUGCCGCUCACGGCGAAUGAUCCGAAUAUGGGUACCCAUUCCUGGGGCAGUGACUGGUCUAAUGAUGGUGGGAAUGUGGAUGUGACAGGCGUGGACUCAUAUCCUUCAUGCUGGACUUGCGAUCUCAGCCAAUGUACCUCGACCAACGGAGACUACGUGCCCUUCCAGGUGGUGGAAUACUACGAGUACUUCCAAGAGAACCAGCCCACGAUGCCCGAGUUCAUGCCCGAGUUCCAGGGCGGCUCGUACAAUCCCUGGGGCGGGCCCGAGGGUGGCUGCGCCGACAAUACCGGCGCUGAGUUCGCGAACCUGUUCUACCGGUGGAACAUCGGGCAGCGCGUCACUGCCAUGAGUCUGUACAUGCUUUUCGGCGGCACGAACUGGGGCGCCAUUGCUGCGCCUGUAACGGCAAGCAGCUACGACUACUCGGCUCCUAUCUCGGAGGACCGCUCCAUUGGCUCAAAGUACUACGAGACCAAACUGCUGGCGCUGUUCACUCGCGCCGCGAAGGACCUAACUAUGACUGAGCUGAAGGGUAAUGGAACGCAGUAUACCACUAACAGCGCGGUGAGAGCGUACGAGCUGCGGAAUCCCCAGACGAAUGCUGGAUUCUAUCCUACCUUCCAUGUGAAUACGUCGCUUUCCACGAACGAGGCAUUCCGUCUUCAUGUUGAUACCUCGGCUGGUGCAUUUACUGUCCCAAGACACGGGGGCACAAUCCGAUUGAACGGCCACCAGUCCAAGAUCAUCGUGACGGAUUUCACCUUCGGGUCCAACAAACUGCUAUACUCGACCGCCGAGGUGCUCACCUACGCCGUUUUCGACAAGACUCCAACCCUGGUUCUGUGGGUUCCAGCCGGCGAAUCGGGCGAGUUCGCCGUCAAGGGCGCAAAGAAGGGAUCUAUUAAGAAGUGCCAGGGAUGCUCGCAUGUCGAGUUCUAUCACGAAGAUAACGGGUUGACUAUCACGUUCACGCAGUCGUAUGGUAUGAGCGUUGUCGAGCUUGACAAUGAUGUACGAGUCAUCCUGCUCGACCGUACAUAUGCUUAUCGUUUCUGGGCGCCUGCCCUCACUAAUGAUCCAUUGGUCCCUGAGACCGAGAGCGUACUCAUCCAGGGUCCAUAUCUCGUCCGAGGUGCCAAAGUGUCAGGGUCUACGCUAGCCGUGACAGGUGAUGCCAUCAACGCCACGGUCCUGGAAGUUUUCGCGCCCCAGGAUGUGAAGACAGUUACGUGGAACGGCAAGAUGCUUCACACACAGCGGACAGAGUAUGGCAGUCUCAAGGGCUUGCCUGCUGCACCGGCCUCGGUCAAUUUGCCUUCCUUUGGAACAUGGAAGACCAAGGAUAGUUUGCCAGAGAGAUUUGCAGAUUAUGAUGAUUCCGGGCUGGCGUGGGUUGAUGCCGACCAUAUGACAACUCUGAACCCUCGUACUCCAACCACCCUUCCCGUUUUAUAUGCAGACGAAUAUGGCUUCCACAACGGCGUCCGUCUCUGGCGCGGCUACUUCACCGGUAGCGCCACAGGAGUUUCUCUGAACGUGCAGGGAGGAUCGGCCUUCGGCUGGUCAGCCUGGCUAAACGGCCAAUUAAUCGGCUCCUACUUCGGCACCGCAGCCGCAGAGCAAGCCAACCUAACCCUCUCAUUCGCAAACGCCACGCUCCAGCACAAGGAACCCAACGUGCUCCUCGUAGUCCACGAUGAUACAGGCCACGACGAAACAAGCGGCGCGCUGAACCCGCGCGGAAUCCUCGGCGCAGAACUGCUCGGUUCCUCGGGCUCCAAGUUCACACAUUGGAAAGUCGCCGGCACAGCAGGCGGCGAAUCCAACCUCGACCCCGUGCGCGGCGUCUACAACGAAGACGGCCUAUACGGCGAGCGGGUGGGAUGGCAUCUUCCCGGCUUCGACGACAGCAAGUGGCCAUCGUCGUCCUCAUACACAGCAAGAAAAUCAGAAUCAGAAUCAGCCCUCCUCAGCUUCAAAGGCGCAACAGUCCAGUUUUUCCGCACAAUAAUCCCCCUCAAUCUACCCUCGGGACACGACAUCUCCAUCUCCUUUGUCCUGUCCACCCCCGCAGACUCAACGAAAGCGUACCGCGCCCAGCUCUUCGUGAACGGGUACCAGUACGGCAGGUAUAAUCCGUAUAUCGGGAACCAGGUGGUAUACCCUGUUCCGGCAGGGAUCUUGAACUACAGCGGAGAGAAUACGGUGGCGGUUGCGGUGUGGGCGCAGACGGUGGAGGGGGCCAGUAUUGGUGUUGGUUGGCGGGUCAAUUACGUCGCUGAUAGCUCGUUGGAUGUUGUGCACCUGGCUGCUGGGGAGGAGGCGUUAAGACCUGUCUGGACUAAGGAGAGGGAAGUGUAUGCUUAG